AUGUCCGUCAACCCUCUCCCCUCUCGACCUUCCUCGACGCUUCGUCGGAAUAGCAGCUCCCUUCUCUCCAAAUUCCGCUCUCAACUCGGCCCUCGCAAUCGCAGCAUCACCGACUUCUACAUCGAACCCGACGACCCGUGGCGUUCCUAUUUUCCGGGCGAUACCAUUACCGGGACGGUCGUGCUGACCGUUGUCCGACCCGUUCGCAUCACACAUCUCGUCGUCUGUCUGCAUGGCUUUGUCAGAGUGUUCAAGAACACCGUUCCGACGGGGGAGUCGUCACCAGAGUUGGGCUUCCUGGGUCCUGGGCGCGGGCGUCGGGGGCCAGAAUACUUGGGGAAUGGUCUCUCCACGUUGUUUGAGGACGAGGUCGUCCUGUGCGGGGAGGGUCGUCUCAAGGAGGGCGUCUACAAGUUUCGCUUCGAGAUGUCUUUCCCUCCAUAUGCGCUACCCAGUAGCAUUAAUUUUGAACGAGGCACCAUCGCCUAUAUGCUUACGUCCACCCUAACCAAGCCGACCACGAUCAACCCGACCUCCACCUGCCGAAGACGCGUCACCGUGCUGGAAAAUAUUGAUAUUGCCCCUUUUCCUCGCCCCAAACCUCGAAUUGUCACCCUCGAGCCUGUCUCUCGACGCACCAAAUCCAAAGCGAAGGCCAAGUCAGCGGGAUCUGACGCGCCCGACACCCAAUCGCUCGAGCCUUCGGAUCAUGGCGAAAGCUCGGCCGAUACUCGUCCGCCGCUCAGUCCGACACCUAGUAACGUCAGUUCCUCGAGCCGACCGAGCAACAGCAGCCUGAGCUUCCGGGUUCCUAGCGAUCCAAGUUCAUCAACCAGCACCGGUAUGCGAAACAGUGAGGCUCGGAGCAUUACCCCAUCAGUGACGGAAGGAACCAUCAUCGCAAAGGCCGAAGUUAUGCGUGCGGGCGUGCUGCCAGGCGAUACAUUGCCGAUUACGGUGACAAUCAACCAUUGCAAACAAGUGCGCAGCGCGCAUGGAAUUAUCGUGACUCUAUACCGCCAAGGCCGGAUCGACCUGCAUCCGGCUAUUCCGAUGGGGAAACCGGACGGGAAGAAACCAGUUUACGAAGACUACUAUCCGCGUUCUCGGACAGGUCUGGGAGGUCUCACUCUCGGCUCCAGUCGCACCACCGGUGUCUUUCGGAAAGAUUUGACGCAGACCUUUGCACCACUUAUUGUGGACCCCGUGACUAUGACGGCGGUGAUUAAGACCUCGAUCCGCGUACCGGAAGACACAUUUCCCACUAUCACACGCACCCCAGGAAGUAUGAUCAAUUUCCGGUAUUAUGUCGAGGUAGUGGUGGACCUCCGAGGGAAGCUCACCUCUCCCGACCGGUUUUUGCCGCGAUUCAACAUGGUGACCUCGGGUGGGAAUUACUCGCCCAGUGGGCAGGUGUUGAACCCGACCGAUGUCAAUAACAGUGCCAUUACAGCCAAUUGGUCGGGCAAUAUUCUGGACACGGAUCAGAUCCGACGCGAGAAGGGCGUGGUGGCGGUCGUCUUUGAGGUUGUGAUUGGCACGCGGGAUUCGCAACGAGGAGCAAAACGGACAGAAUCCGCACCGUCGGUGGCAGCGGGACCUGAAGACCUCUCACAGGGCAGUUUCACCACCGAGCGAGAGGUGAGGCCGACUGAGCCGAGUUCGCAACCUCACGGUGAGACGGAGUAUCACGAGGACCAAGCGUAUUCCUAUGACCCGUCGCAUUGGCCUGAGUAUCCGGGUCAAGGGUAUGGGGAGGAACCGCAGUCGUACCAAUCGCUCGAAGAGAUGGUCUCCACCCCGCUUACGGAGGAGCCGAUGGAUGAAAAGGCGCGGUUACAGCGCGCUGAGCAGAUGCUUCUCCCUAGCCAACCUCCUGGAGAUGACCCCGGUGUCGGAUCCUCGGAGAUGGCAAUGCCCACCGCGCCGGUGCUUCCGGAAGACGAUCACCUGCAGGACUACCAGCAUCUGCCUUCUCCGGCCGAAAAUGGCACCCCGCGCCCGGCUAUCUCGGCGGAAUCGAUGCAGACCGUAGUGCCGGGCAGUAGUACGAUGGCUGCCAGUGAGGCAGCGCAGACGGGAGAUGAUAAACAAGAGAUGGAGCGACGCCGACUGAUGGCGCAAGCCAGCGCACCCGAGGCACCGGAGGUAGCGCCGGCUGAGCCAGGCGAUGCACCCACAGCGCCGGUUUUCCAUGACGACGAAGAGGACCACCACUUGGUGGGUGGUAUGGCGCAUGGCGACGAGUCAUUACCGCGGUAUCAGCGAUGA